AUGCCCGCCUUUGAGGAACUCGAAGCUCGUUUGGCCGCUCUGAGGCCUGUUCCGAUGGCCGAGCCCAUCCAAUCGAAGGAUACCACUUCCAACGCGUUGGGACUCGAUGACGAAAUGAUGUCCAAACUCCGUGUCCUCGGCAUCGAUCCAAAGAACCUGGGCGAUAUGGAGUCUGGACAUGAUUCAGAGAUUGAGCGCUAUUUGGCGUCUGACGACUGGCGGUCCGAGGCUACCCAAUCUGAUCGAGAGUCAAGUGCACUGACUGAUAACGAUAUCAGUGGGCUUGAAUCUCCAUUGUCUUUGGACCUAAGCUCCCCCACUACCCCGCUUCGCACCCCACUCGCUCGUCUACCCGACCGAAAUGCUACCCUACGGCCUAGCGACCGGAACUUGUUCUCCCUUGCACAAUCCAUCUCAAGUGAGAAUAUGUUUGAUUCGGAUCGUGCAGAGUCACCGGCACCUAUACAUCAUCCCCCAAGUGGACGUCGGCGACAGGAAGCCUUGGAGACUCUCAGGCGUGUCAAGGAUGGAUUGAGAUUGGAAGCCGAUAGCGAAGACGGUGAUAUGUCCGACUCACUCGGAGGACAAGUCGAACUGGGCCCACCUGGACACACUCCCCCACCUUCGAGGAUGGGCCGUAGGGGAAGCAAUACCCCACCUCAUACUCUACAAACACCCCGGCCAAAACUGGCGUGCUCUCCACCAGCAUCGUUCUCUACCGCGUCUCCCAUUGAACUCGACAAGGGGACAGACGAGCCGCACACCCCUCCAGCCGCCUCAACUCAAAGCCUUUCUCAAGAGACCGAGGCUAGGACGCCUGGGCCCAUUAACUUGAGACGACAUCUUCCUACGGUUGACACGGUUGAAACGCCAGGCUUUAGGUAUUCACCAGAUGAUAGUUCAAUCGAAGAUGACCUAGCAUCUGCACUUUCCUCUGAUAUGUUUAAUACUCCUGACAAACGGACACCGACUUCUCCGCCCCACACGCCCUCUGAAGAUGAGGCACAGGUAGCUCGAUAUGCAUCAUUAUUACAGAACCUUGCGAGCCCUUCCCGUCAGCCUGCAGAUCCAUUCGACGAUCCGUUAUUGAAUACACCAAACAGACUACCAAUGCCAGACUCGGACAGUGAAGAUUCUAAGCGUACCAACAGCGUGUUUGCCAGGCUUGAGGGCCUCCAUCCACAAACCGGCAUUCCGAAUGUACCUUUAGUUACGGCAAAGGUUCCGGGAGCUCCCAAGCUUGACAUCGAAGGGUGGAGGGUAAAGAGAGAUGAUGAUCCUGACUCUUGGUGCAGUAUAUGCAAUGCCGAUGCUACGCUGCAGUGUGAAGAGGAACCAUGUGAUGGUGACCUCUAUUGUAAGAAAUGUUUUACCGAAGGACACCCUAAGGACGACCUGGAGAUGAGCCAACACAAGCCCAAGUCAUGGACACCAAAGGAUGCGAAGACGCCCACUUGA